AAGUCCAUCCAGGAGAGAAGAACGAGAGGAGCGGACGAGCCUUUGCCGUCUAGCUGUCAGUUCGUUUCAAAGGCCAUGCAGUUCUGCUAGUUCGCCAUUUUGGAUGGGCUCUGAAGUUGAUUUUAUCGAAUCUGUAUUUUUAUAGCAUUGCGAACUGAUAUUCGGAGACAACUGCCGAGAUCCCCAGCAGUCAGCAGGGGACGGUGCCUGGCGAGACCUUGUCCUGGUUUGAAGGAACUUUUUGCUCUUGGAAAAUGGAUUCAUUGCGUUUCCUGAGACUUCCUACACAUGCCCUAGGAAUUUUCAUUGUCCUAGGAUGUAUUCUAUCGAUACGCGCAGGCGACGGGCAACAAGUUGUCUAUGAAGGCAACAAAGUUGUUGUUGAAGGUGACCCGUUUACUAUCACAUGUCACUUAACUGUCUAUGAUGUAAUUAAAUGGCAACUGAAUGAACAAACAAUCAACCCUGACUCUGAAAAUCAAUAUAAAUUGGAAGAGGAAAAAAUUAACGGGAAAGUUGUUGCAAAACUCUCAGUUUUACAAGCUCAACAUUCCCAUACUGGUAGCUAUCGCUGCACGUCAUUUUCCAAUGUCACCCAUCAGGUUUACGUGUUAAGUGCCAAUUCAGUGAAGCCGAACUGGGACUUUGAACCUUACAAGGUUUUCAAAUAUGAUACUGCAUUUGCACUGCAGUGCAAUGUCACUGGUACCCCAGGCGGUCAGUUUGUUUUGAGAUGGUACAAGGAAGACAAAGUUAUUGAGCCUACUGCUAAUAAAUAUAUCUUUAAACCAGAAGAGAACACACUAAUGGUUUAUUAUGCAAGUGAUGAUGAUGUUGGAAACUACACAUGCCAAGCGGUGAAUGCCAAGACCAAUAGCACUGAAAGUGUCAUGAGGGCUGUCAUCCAGGUUAUUGGUUUCCCUAAAAUCACUUUGCCUGGUGACACACCUGUUGUUGAGGGUGAAAGGCUCAAGCUGCACUGCCAAGUAAAAGGCUACCCAACACCUAGUGUUGUAUGGAGCGUUGAUGGCAUGCCUGUGAAUGAAUCUGAUGCCCGUAUCAGGUUUGAAAAUGAUGGAAAAGUUGCUAGAGCUUUCCUUAUCAUUGACAACGUGCAAUUGAGUGACAGAAAAACAUACACCUGCAAGGCAUCGAACAUAGCCAACCAGGACUCAACCGGAGUAGAAGAGAAAACAUUUGUCCGAGUUAAAGACAAGCUCGCUGCUCUUUGGCCAUUCUUGGGAAUUUGUGCUGAAGUGGCUGUUCUUUGCACUAUCAUUCUCAUCUAUGAAAAGAAGCGCAACAAGUCAGAGUUGGAUGAGAGUGACACUGAUCAAAGUCCCGAGCAGAAAAACACUCCAGACCACGGCAAGGAUGUGAGGCAACGCAAGUGAAAAGAUAGAAGGAUUUUUAUUCUAAGAACAAUCAUGGAAACUUAAAUCAGAACCAGAGAAGUAGUUUUAUAUUUCAUUCAUUUAGAAUUCCAAAGACAUGAAACUAGGAGAAUUUUAUUGUUUGUGUGGCAUUUUAUGGAAGAUGUUGUUUAUUGUUUACUGUGGUUGUCAGAUGCAGUAAAUGGAGCAGUACUUCAUAACAAUCAUUGGUACAUCUCAUGAAAAGUAGAAGCCCUGUGAAUCAUAAUCUUUCUGUGGUUCUGAGAAGUUUUAUUUUUUCAAGUGUCAAAAGUUCAUCAAUAUUAUCGCUGUCACUUACAGGAAUGUUUUAUUUUAUGAGCACAGGGACUAUUAUUGAUCUUGACUGUAAUACUGAGAUACACAACAGAGUGUGUGACAGACAAUUGGACACAUAGUAGUACUUGUUAGUUUUGCCUCAAGCUAUUGCAGCAGUUAAUUACGUAAUUUGAUAUGAUUUUGAGUUGAAACCAUUGGUGUCCAGACAGGGUAUUUAUCCUGUUCGACCAAUCAGGGUCUUUGUAUUAUUGGUUUCACUGCCAUUUUUUGUUUUCUUUUUUUUAAUUUUCUUUAAUUUUUCAUUUCAGGCAGUGUCAAUAACUAGUGUAGGUAAGACCUUGCUUUUGUGAUUUAUUUUUUAAUGGAAAACAUGUUUGUAUUUGAUUAAACAUUUGUUUCAAUAUAGUCAAUGGCUAUUAAAGUUAAGCACUUCAUUGUUAUUCAUAUUUCAUACUCCUAAUCAAAGUAUCCCUCUUUUGUUUGGCUGAUUAACAUUACUCCUUGAAUGUAAGAUUUAGCAAACUUCUGCUAGCUCUUAACCACCUUUUUUGAAAACAAAUAUGGUAUCUUAAUUGUAGUGUCACAUCUAGUUGAUGUCAUGAAUGUGUUGUAUAUAGAUUUUAUUACAUGUAUAUAACUCUGAAACCUCCUUUCUUUUAUGUUUGUUCCUUCUUUCAACAUUUCCACGUUAACUUUUGUCUUAAGGUGUAGAAGUCUGGCAUAUUUUGCGUACUAGCCAAUGUUUUGAUGCAGACCGUUAUACCUUAAUAGUGUUAAAAUUUAUCUGAUUUCAUAAAUAUAUUCGUUAACUAUUGGGCGUGAUUCUGAUUGUUGGUGCUUCCUCUUUGCCCAGUAAAUAAAACCACACACCUUGUGUGUAAGAUGUUGCAGCUCUUUAGAGUACUUAAUAUGCAUUUGUUUGGAUUUUGGAUCCUUUGAUAGAUGGGAGCUUUCCUGGAGACACAUCAGCCACAGCGAUAGUGUGAAGUGAUGGCUAAGAACACUGAGAGCUAUGUGUGUGAAUUUGUUCAAUAGUUUCCAUUGCAGUAAUUUAUCUACUGCAUUGGGUUCUGAGGAGCGUAGAAUCCUUUACUGUUCAACUAUUGCUAUAUUUUUUACUACAUACAUGUAUAAAUUUUACUUAAGUACUCUGCACUCAAGUUCUUAAAAUUGCUUGUUGGCAAGAUAACCUUUCCUGAUCAGUGGUGUUUGUUGUGAUACUGUAUUUGUUAUUUUGGACUUGUGUGGUGCUGUAUUCUGAAUUGCAGAUUUGCAACAGGAACAUAAUUUUUAUUGUUACUGUUAAGAGUUUUGGGUUGCACCCUCCAACUUUAUUGAAAACUGUUAGAUCCAUCCUUGGUGUACUGGAGGAGACCUUACACUUAGAUUUGUAUUGGUUCAGAGACACACUAGUAAGAACUGUCAUUACAUCAAUUUUAAUUUUAGCUUCUUGAUUCUUAAUUAUUUUGUUGCUACAGACAUAAGUGUUGAAUGUAAUGUUUUAUAAUUUUCGUAGUUCACAACUAUUUUUCUGAAACUCUAAAACCAUUGAAAAUUUUGUCUUAAAAUACAAGUAAGAGAGUGAAGUUGUUACCUGCUUGCAUAUUUCUUCAAUCAUUAGAUGUAGAACACAGCAUGCUAUCAUUCUGCAAUGUUGCUGGCACAUAAAUUUCAGAUUUAAACUAAUUUAAAUUAACUGUAGAAAUCUUUUACAUUGUAGAUUAAAAGGUGAUAAAAUGAAAAAGAUUUUUACUACUUUAAAGUUGUACUUUGUUCACUUUUCCAAGCCAUUAGACUGCGGUAUGAUUGCAGAACUACGAAACGAUUGUGGUUCUUGGCAUUCAUUUUGGCUCUCCCCUGCACUCAGGCCACUGUGUGUAGGAGGGGUUUGGUACUAAGCAGCAAUAAAUUAAACAGCGUCCUAAUUUUAGGUCACAUUGAUUUUUGAUCUGCAAUAUUUGAGGUCAGGAAGAAUGAGAUUGUACCAUUCACUGUUGAUUGGGUUCAAUUUGUUUUUGUUUUUUUUAACUUAUGAUGCUUAAAGACCAAAGAUGUCCCUCUCGGGAUUGUUUUCGGUCCAUACCCUAAUCUCUUAAUCCUCCUGAUCUCUGUUUACACUGCCACUGUGAUCUGCAAAAUUCAAUAUGCUUUGAAUCUUUAAUUUGAUUUCUCUCAUUUUUGGGUGACUGAAAUUUUAGCCUAAAUUAUGGUAAAAUCAUCUGUGAAAUACUUAAGGGUCAAUAAAGUGUUACAAAGUACUCAAAA